AGGACGCUUUGAGUAGGCCGCGCUCUCUGGUGUCUCUUCAGCCGCCCCUCAGCAUGUCCAAAGCGGACCACGUGCCCGACCUGGCCGAGGCGGCGGCGCUGCAGAGGAGGCGCUUCAGGGAGCUGCAGCGGCAAAGCCGCGUGUUCGACACCCGAGCCCGCACCGUCGGGGUCGACUUGGAAGGUCUAGAUGCCCAAAUCAAUGAUAAAAGGAUUCAAGAAGCAACUCAAAGAGCAUGGGAUGAAUCAAUCGCUGCAGAAAUGAAACAGAAUGACAAGAUCAUGUGCAUUCUAGAGGAACGACGGAAAAAAGACACUCUCAAUAUAAAAAAAGCUCUCAAUGAAUUUCGCCAGAAUCAUCAGCAGCCAGAAAGACGGCAUGAAUUUGACUUGUCUGAUCCCCAAGCUCUAAAGAAAGCUGCUCCUGCUCGUGUGGCAGACAACGACCCUCGAUGUGCCGUUUCCGGCCUGCAGAAGUUUAUGGGAGAAGAUCUCAACAGUGAGAACAGGAGGAAAUUUCAGCAGGAGCAAACGAGGGAAUGGCUUCUGCAGCAACAAAAAGAUUGGGCAAAUGCACUGGCAGACCAAAAAUUUGCAGAUGGUCUCCGUGAUGCACAGAGAUUGGAACUUGACCAAAAGUCUAUGGACAUUCAUAGGAGCGAUGAAGAAACAAAACGAGCUAUUUGUAUCGCUACUAAAGAAUUCAAUAGAACUCAGGCCACUGUAUCUGGAGAAAAAAUGAAAUUAGAAAAGCAGCAAGAACUGGAAGAUAACAUGACUGAGAUUUCAAAUAUGCUGAAGGGAGAUCUGCUGUCAGAGAAUCCGCAGCAAGCUGUCAGCUCCUUUGGCUCCAAUCGAGUGAUAACUGACAGGUGGAAAGGGAUGAAUCAAGAUCAGCUGAAAGAAAUACAGGAUGUUCAGCUGCAGCAAGUCCUGGAGAAGCUGUGCCGCAGGAGUGCAAGAGUCACUGCCAGCUUUGUGCCCAGGCCAUGCUCUCGAAGAGUUGCUGUUGGUGGGAACUGGUGCAUCCAUAUCCUGGCUGUCAGAUUACAUCAUCAGAGGUUGGAGAAAGAGGAGCGUCAGAGAAAUGCAGAGUGGGACAGGAAGCGCAUCCAAGCUGCCCGGGCAGAAUUGCUUUGUGAGCGCCAUCAGCAACGCCAGAAUCGGGAGCUUCGGAGAGCCCUGGAUAGCCUCAAUGCUCAGCUCUCCCAGGAUCAGAAAAGAAGGAGAGCUGCCCUUGAUGAAGAAGUAUAUGCCAAUUUUCCAUCUGGCCAGUAUUACACACAGUUUAAUACAAGCAGUCGAUGAUGUUGGCGCCAGUAUUUUUAGAUGUGUAUCUCAAAUAUGCGUGGAAAUAUUUUGAAGAAAGUAAAUAUGUAAAAGAACGUAACAUCAGCAUUGUUUUUUCUUGGCAUAUGAAAAUUAUGAAACUUAAACUGUAGACCUUUUAUUUUAUAAUGAAUAAUAGUUAUAUGGAUGCAGACCCAAAACUGAAAUCUGAAUUAACCCUGAACUUAUGAAAGAAGGCAUAAACACUGCAACAAGCUGACGU